AUGGGCCAUGCAGGGUGGUUCAGCGUGGAUCAUGAGCGCUAUAGGGCAGCAACGUGCCGAACACUCUUUUAUGACUUCCCACUCAUCGGCCCCCCAGGGUUGAGCCAAGCGGACUUGAAGGCACUGGAGGCCAUCAUCGUGCAGCAAGAGCUGCGCUACGUGGUGGAGGGCAUCACCCUGCCGUACGCGCAGUGCUACUCGCUGCAGCAGCUGCACAACGCCACCGACGGCUUCGACGACCAGCUGCUGCUGGGGCAGGGUGGAUUCGGCAAGGUGUACAGAGGGGUGCUGAACGGUGAGGCGGUGGCGAUAAAGAAGGCGACCAAGAAGCAUCAGCAUGACGGAAAGGCCUUCACGAACGAGAUCGAGCUUCUCACCAAAGCGUCACACCGCAACCUCGUGCAGCUCAGAGGGUUCUGCGUCGAGAAUGAUGAGCAGCUGCUGGUGUUUGAAUUCAUGGAGGGCGGUGCUCUGAAUGAAUGGAUCGCGGCAACUCCUUCCCACCCCCAUCUCCUUCCUCCUUCCCCCCCCCAUCUCCUUCCUCCUUCCCACCCCAUCUCCUUCCUCCUUUCCACCCCCAUCUCCUUCCUCCUUCCCAACCCAUUUCCUCCCUUGCCACACAUCUCCUUCCGCGUUGAUCCUGAGGCGCAGUCUGACGUGGAGAACGUUGCGAGUGCACUGCGCUACCUGCACAGCGAACUUCUGAAUGGAGAAAGUGUUGUGCACGGGGACAUCAAGCCGGACAACAUCCUGCUGACGGCAGGGCAGCCCAUGGAGGCGAAGGGCUACCUCGACCCGGACUUCAUGCACUCAAACAAGCUGACAGAGUAUAGCGACGUGUACAGCUUCGGCGUGGUGCUGCUGCAGCUCGCCACGGGGCAGCCUCCACUCGUCCCGAGUGACCAUGGGAAAGUGCUGCUCAGGCAGGGAGUGGGGAAGGUGAGCGCGCGGGAGAUGGUGGCGGGGCGGGAGGAGGCGUUCGACACGUUCCUGCGCCUGGUGCUGUGGUGCACAGAGGGGCGCCCCAAUGACCGCCCCACCAUGGUGGACGUGGAGUCUGCACUGCGCAACAUCCAACAAGCUGCUGCUGCUGCUGGUGGGCUUCAGGCGGUGCAGCAGCAGCAGGGUGUGGCACGAGGGGCGAAUGGGUUGGCUCCCCAAUGUGGCCCUGGGCUUGUCGCUGGAACCCCCUUCCAUCCAGUGCCGCCCAGGAGGGUGCAGAGGUGGGAAACGGGUACGGUGGUAGCUCGCCUGCUGCAGCUGGUGGAUUUAUGGAGGAAGAAACUGAGACAAUGA